CAGUAAGGAGGAUGAAGAUUUACACAGCAAACCAAACCAUACGAUCAAUUCCAGACCACGCAUUUACAAAUUCAUCUUGAACAUGUCCACCCAAACCCCAAGCAAGCCUUUUCGCAUGGGCGUCCUCCUUGAGGGUGUUCAAAUAUCCGACAUCAUGGGCAUCGACCUAAUCGGCAACCUGUCACGCAAAUAUGUCAGCGCGGCGCAAGGACUGAACCCAGGCAUUGCCCGCUUUCUAGAAUCCGCAAUAGACCUGGAGAUCUUUUACCUCGCCGAGACCCUCGCCCCGACCGAGGUCACGCCUUCGUUCAAGUACCUCCCCAACGUGACAUAUGACGAUUGCCCGCGCGACCUGGACCUGGUGCUGAUCGGCGGCAACGGGUUCGAGUCGCAGAGCGAGGCCUCGAAAAAGUUCAUCCGCGAGGCUUGGCCCAAGACGCGAGUGUGGAUGACGACGUGCGUCGGCACUCUUUGGCUGGCAUCGGCUGUCGACCUGACCGGGUUGAAGGUCACCACCAACAGGGUAGCCAUUGAGUUUGGCAAGCAGCUGUACCCUGGAGCGGAGUGGCAGGACAAGAGGUGGGUGGUGGAGGACAAGGUCUACGAAGGUCAAGGCAAGGGCGAGUUGUGGACUGGAGGUGCUGCCGGUGCUGGGCUCGACAUGGUCACCGAAUGGUGCUUCCAGAACUUUGACAAGGAUUUUGUCAACGCCUUGUCCACGUACCCCCUCGAGUUCCAGCCUGGUCGCAGCUUUGACCAGAAUUACAACUACGAUCUCAAGGAUGUUGGAGGUCCUUGGCAGCCUGCUGCGCCGGCUUCAUAG